AUGGCGGGCAUACAAUCAACUGGGGAUGGCUCGACGGAAGUGCUCGCACACGAGCUCGAAAAGCCUUUGCUUGACAAUCGCACAUACCGUGUCAUCAAGCUGCCGAACCAGCUCGAGGCUCUGCUCAUCCAUGAUCCGGACACCGACAAAGCGGCGGCGGCGAUGGAUGUGAAUGCAGGCAGCUUCAGUGACGAGGAGGAUAUGCCGGGCAUGGCUCAUGCGGUGGAGCAUCUGCUGUUCAUGGGGACAAAGAAGUAUCCAGGAGAGAACGACUACAACACCUACCUGAGCAGGUUUGGUGGUUCUUCCAACGCAUACACGGAAAGGACUUCAACCAACUACUACUUUGAGAUCUCAUCCUCUGCCACGAGCAAUAGCGCCGCAAAUUCUGCCAACGCCAGCCAGAUCAGCUUACCGAGGACAAAGGACAAGUCGCCACUCUAUGGUGCAUUGGACCGCUUCUCCCAGUUCUUCAUCGAGCCGCUAUUCCUCGAAGACACACUUGAUCGAGAACUUCAGGCGGUCGACUCUGAGAACAAGAAGAACUUGCAGAGCGACAACUGGCGCAUGAUGCAACUCCACAGAAGCACAUCCAGCAAGCAGCACCCGCAUCACAAGUUCUCUACUGGCAACUACCAGACUUUGCAUGAUGAUCCCAUUGGUCGCGGUGUCAAGGUCCGAGACGAGUUCAUGAGCUUCUACGACCGAAACUACUCUGCCAACCGAAUGAAGCUGGCUGUUCUUGGCACGGAAUCGCUGGAUGAGCUGCAGUCAUGGGUUGAAGUGAUGUUCACAGACGUGCCCAACAAGAACCUACCCCAAAACAGAUGGGACGGGAUACCUCUCUUCGAUGAGAAUGACCUCCGCACGCAGAUCUUCGCAAAACCUGUCAUGGAUCAACGCUCGCUAGAGUUGUGGUUCCCUUAUCCGGCCCAGGAUGAAUCGUAUUCUUCGCACCCAUCGCGUUACGUCAGCCACCUCAUUGGCCACGAGGGGCCAGGCAGUCUUCUGGCAUACCUCAAAGAGAAGGGCUGGACGACCAGCCUUUCCGCUGGAGAGGCCCCUGUCUGUCCGGGGACGAGUGCCUUUGACGUUGACAUAAAGCUGACUGAGUCCGGUCUGAAGAACUAUCAGGAGGUGGUCAAGGCAGUAUUUCAAUAUAUUGCUCUUGUGAAGGACGAGCCGCCUCAGAAGUGGAUUGUAGACGAGAUGGCACAACUUUCGGAAGUCGGAUUCAAGUUCCAACAAAAGUCCCCCGCCAGUCGGACUGUCAGCUCGUACAGCAUGCUGAUGCAGAAACCCAUUCCUCGCGACCGACUCCUGUCUGCACCAAGCAAGAUUACCAAGUUCGAUGCCGAUGCCAUAAAGGCUGGGUUGGAUGCUCUAAGGCCUGACAACUUCAAAAUCCAGCUUCAGAGCCAGACCUUCCCUGGGACGUGGGAUCGGAAAGAGAAAUGGUAUGGCACUGAGUACCGACUGGAGAAGAUUCCCGACGACUUUAUGGAGGAGCUCAAAAAGGCAGCGGCAUCAGCUCCGAGUGAGCGGCCUUCUGAGCUUCAUCUGCCCGGUGUCAACGAGUUUGUGCCCCAGCGGCUGGAUGUCGAGCGAAAGGACGUCAAGGAGCCUUCCGUCUCACCUAAGCUGAUUCGGAAUGACGAGAACGUCCGGACGUGGUUCAAGAAGGACGACCAGUUCUGGGUUCCCAAAGCCAACAUCGAUGUCUGCCUGCGUUCUCCUCUCACCAACAUCACGCCGUUUAUGGCUGUCAUGAGCCAGCUGUUCAAGGACCUGGUCGAGGACUCACUGAACGAGUACGCUUACGAUGCUGAACUCGCUGGCCUGCAGUAUAGCUUGGCGAACCACUCGCAGGGCUUUGAUGUUGUGAUCAGUGGGUACAACGACAAAAUGUCUGUUUUGCUCGAAAAGGUGCUGGUUUCGAUGCGGGAUCUGAAGAUCAAGGAUGAGCGGUUUGACAUCAUCAAGGAGCGCUUGAUGCGCAGCUACAAGAACUUCGACUACCAAGACCCGUACCGCCAGAUUGCCACGUACAGCCGAUGGCUGACCAGCGAGAGGGGUUGGGUGGUAGGUGAACUUCACGACGAGCUGACGAGCGUUGUCGCGGAGGAUGUGCGGCAGUUCUUCCCACAGGUCCUAAAACAGAUGCACAUUGAGAUCUUGGUUCAUGGCAACGUGUACAAGGAGGAUGCACUGAACAUCACGAACCUGGUCGAGUCGACUCUCAAGCCAAAGAAGCUACCUGCAAACCAGUGGCCGACUCGCAGAAACAUCGAGAUGCCGGAGGGAUGCGACUUCAGGUACGAGCGGACGCUGAAGAACCCGGACAACAUCAACCACUGCAUCGACUACGUCGUCUUCGUAGGCAACAACAUGGAUCGCAGACUUCGUGCGCUCCUUCUUCUGUUCGCUCAGAUGACUGAUGAGCCGGUCUUCGAUACACUCCGAUCGAAAGAACAGCUCGGCUACAUCGUCGGCAGCCACGCGCUGAUCUACAGCACCGUCGCCGGCUUCCGCGUGCUGAUUCAAAGCGAGAAGGACUGUGCGCACUUGGAGAAGAGGAUCGACAGUUUCUUCAACGGCUUCGAAGAGACGCUGAAGGAGAUGCCGUCCGAUGAGUUCGAGGCGCACAAAGUUGGCAUCAUCAACAAGCGGCUGGAGAAGCUGAAGAAUUUGAGUCAGGAGACUGGACGGUUCUGGCAUCAUAUCACCUCGGAGGCUUAUGAUUUUGAGCUGACUUACCGUGAUGUCGAGAACAUCGAGCCGCUAUCCAAAGACGACAUGCUCGCCUUCUUCCGCCGCUACAUCAGCCCAUCUUCACCCAGCAGAUCAAAAGCCAGCGUCUACCUCGUUGCCCAGGGCUCAGCUGCCGAUAUCGCGGCCAAGACAUCGACGGCUGAGAAGAAGGAGAAGCUGGUCGAAACCAUUACCUCCAUGCUCCAGCAGCUUGGUCUGGAAGACGCAAACUCCGCCGACCUCUCCAAGCGCAUGGAGAAGGUCGACAUCACCUCCGGCGACUCAAAGGAGAUCAUCGGCGCCGUGGACUCGUACCUCAAAGAGUCCGUCGGCAUGGCCGUCGAUCAGGUCGAGCAGGUGGUGGCGCAGGGCCAAAUGGUGCUGUCGCAGGUCCUGCCCGGCUUGGGCAUCGUUUCGAGAGAUGCGGCUGCUGAGGCGAAUGGUACGGAAGUCAACGGGGAGGUGGCGAAUGGGGAGAAAGAGAGCAAGACGGUAGUGAUUGAGGAUGUCAAGGCUUUCAAGGCGGGUAUGCCGCUUAGUGCUGGCGUGAGGCCAGUCAAGGAGUUGAGUGAGUUUGAGGAGUUGGGGGCGAAGUUAUAG